UACCUACCACUGCAACUCCUUUAUAUAAGUUCUACAUAUUUUCUCUUUCACAAAUAUGACCACUAUGGCCUUAAUUCUAUACACACUAGUCAUUGGGUUCAUCCUAUAUUUCCUGGUUAAGUACCUUAUUACAACCCUACUAAACCCACACAAGCAGCACUUGCCACUACCACCUGGUCCGAGACCAUGGCCGGUCAUCGGAAACCUGCCCCACCUCGGCACCAUGCCGCACCACUCCAUCGCCGCCAUGGCUCGAACGUACGGGCCGCUCAUGCACCUCCGGCUAGGGUUCGUGGACGUGGUGGUGGCCGCGUCUGCUUCUGUGGCAGCGCAGUUCUUGAAGAGCCAUGAUGCUAAUUUCUCGAGCCGGCCGCCCAACUCCGGCGCCAAGCAUAUUGCUUACAACUAUCGGGACCUUGUGUUCGCGCCCUACGGUCCGCGGUGGCGCAUGCUGAGGAAGAUAUGCUCUGUCCACCUCUUCUCCACCAAGGCUUUGGAUGACUUCCGUCACGUGCGCCAGGAUGAGGUGGCAGUACUGACGCGCGGCCUGGCGAGUGCCGGUCAAACUCCGGUGAACCUGGGGCAACUGCUGAACGUGUGCGCCACCAACGCACUAGGGCGGGUGAUGGUGGGGAGGAGGGUGUUCGGUGACGGAACGGAUGCGAAGUCGGACGAGUUCAAGCAGAUGGUGGUGGAGCUGAUGGUGCUGGCGGGUGUUUUCAACAUCGGUGAUUUUAUCCCAGCCCUUGAUUGCCUUGACUUGCAAGGCGUGGCUUCUAAGAUGAAGAAGUUGCACGCUAGGUUCGAUUCAUUCUUGACUGCCAUCAUCGAGGAUCACAACAUCAACGGUGCUGAUCAAUCAAAUUGUGGUGGGUCCCAGAAGCACACCGACUUGUUGAGCACCUUGAUUUCGCUUAAGAAUCAGGUUGAUGACGAGGGAGGAAAGCUUACCGACACAGAAAUCAAAGCCUUGCUUUUGGACUUAUUCACGGCAGGGACUGACACGUCAUCUAGUACAGUGGAAUGGGCCAUAGCAGAACUUAUCCGCCAUCCAAAAAUCCUAGCCCAAGCCCAAAAAGAACUGGACUCGGUGGUUGGGCCAGACCGGCUUGUAACCGAGUCCGACCUAGCCCAACUAACCUUCUUCCAAGCCAUUAUAAAGGAAACCUUCAGGCUCCACCCAUCUACUCCACUCUCCCUGCCACGAAUGGCAGCCGAAAGCUGUGAAAUCAAUGGCUACCACAUUCCGAAGGGGUCAACACUUCUCGUUAACGUGUGGGCCAUAGCCCGUGACCCGGAUGUAUGGUCCGAUCCAUUGGAAUUCAAGCCCGACCGAUUCUUACCCGGUGGUGAAAAGCCUAAUGCUGAUGUUAGAGGAAAUGAUUUUGAAGUCAUACCUUUUGGUGCGGGCCGGAGAAUAUGUGCCGGGAUGAGCUUGGGCCUCCGGAUGGUCCAAUUACUGACCGCAACCCUAGUUCAUGCCUUCGAUUGGAAGUUGGCCGAGGGUCAAUUGGCCGAGAAGCUGAACAUGGAUGAAGCCUAUGGACUGACCUUACAGCGAGCCAUUCCAUUAAUGGUGCACCCACAACCCAGGCUAGCGGCCCAUCUGUACGGGCCCUAGGGACCUUAUCAAUUGAAUUAUGUUCUGUAUGUUACCUUUAUAUAUAUAUAUAUAUAUAUAUAUAUAUACAUAUAAAUUAGGGGCGGGGAAUUGAACACGGGAAUACUCGGGAGGUACACCUGUGUUUGCAAAACUUGGUAGUAUUUUAAUAUAUGUCAUAUCUUGACUUUUGUUCCAUCCCUUUCACUAAACCAAACAAAAUAAGUGAAGAACGCCUUCCUUUUCUCGGCU